AUUGCUGUAGCUAAUUCACACGCUUUAUGAUGUACACAUUUUGUGCCACGAUGUCAUGAUGGCUUCCUUUUUUCCACAACCCAGACUUCGAAAGAUUUGAGACGGUAAUAGCUUACGUGAUCACAGUAGUAGUACUAAAACAGAAACCCGCAGCCAACUAUGUGAGCUCUUAAGUAUUAGGGAUAUAAAUAUGGAGUAUUGCCCAUUACUUGUCAGGCUGUGCCGUUAUAUAACUCCAAUCACAGCCUUUGUGUCCCGCCCCGCUAUAUAUUCCUUCGUCGAAAAUAUCGGGAGCAUCGGAAACCUGUUAUUACGAAUAUCAUGGAGUCUAUAAGUUUCGAUUUCGUUAUCGUGGGCGGAGGCCUAGCGGGGCUCGUGUUGGCUGCUCGGUUAUCAGAGGACUCGGAUAUUAGUGUUCUUGUGUUGGAAGCAGGCGAUGAUCAGACGGCUGAUCCCCGAGUUAAUGUUCCGGGCAUGUGGUCUUCGUUGGUUAAAUCUGAAGCUGCAUUUGAUUUCAAAACGGUUCCUCAGAAAGAGCUCGGGGGUCGGGAGAUCUGGUUUCCCCAGGGACGUAUGAUUGGAGGAUCUAGUGCGCUUAAUGGACUUAAUUUUGUUCCGACUUCGAAGGUUAAUGUCGAUGCGUGGGAAGCGCUGGGGAAUCCGGGGUGGGGAUGGGAGAGUUUCUCCGAGUCGGUGAAGAAGUCGUAUAGCUUGCCCCAGCAGGAUAAGACGGGAGGGCCCAUUCAACUUUUUGCUCCUGAAGAGGAGACCGAGUGGCCGCGGAUUUGGAGGGAGACGCUUACAACGCUCGGAUUUUCAGUAACUGACGAUGUCUUCUCUGGCCAACUUUCCGGGGGUAUGGUAAUCCUGGACACAGUACAACCUGCCACAAAGCAGAGGAGUUACGUUGGCAAUGCAUAUUUAGAACCCGCUCGAUCUAGGAGUAAUCUCACCAUCUGGACCAAAGCUUCGGCUGAGAAAAUACUCUUCGAUAAAUCUAAUGGAACCCCUGUGGUCACUGGCGUACAAGUUCAAAAAGACGAUAAAACGCAGAUCGUCAAAGCUCGGAAGGAAGUUAUAAUCUCCGCGGGAGCCAUCAACUCGCCCAAAAUACUCGAACUAUCAGGAAUCGGCGAUUCAAAGCUCUUGAAGUCGCUUGGCAUCGACGUCGUAGUCGACAACCCACACGUGGGCGAGAACCUACAAAACCAUCCUUUAGCGGUGCUAAAUUUCGAAGUCCGCGAUUACCUCCCAGCAGGCCUCGAAACGCUCGAUAAACUUAUAAGACAGGAACCGGACGCCAUCGCCGCGGUUACGGAAGCUUACUCUAAGCAAAAGGGACCUCUCGCUAGAAGCGGUACUAACUCAGCUGCCCAACUACCCCUUUCUGAUGAUGCGCAACAGGAUCUACGAACUUUCCUCUUGCAUAAUGCUGGGUUGGGGGCGCCCGACACCGCGACGCCGGCGUUCGCAAAGGCACAUGAAGAAUUCGUGCGGUCCGCAGUUUUCGGAUCCUCGCCGUCAGCGUGCUACAUCGGGGUUCCAGGCUUCGGUGCGAUAAAAAGCGAUGGUACAGGCGCUCCGCCGCCAGAAGGAAAGGGGAAGUAUUUCACGGUCGUGGUUUUACUCGCACAUCCGCUGUCGCAUGGCUCGGUGCAUAUCACUUCUUCCAACACUGACGCUGGUCUCGCUAUCGACCCGCGGUACUUCACGCACCCACUCGACAUCGAAGUCCUUGCGCGGCACGUACAAUUCGUAGUUUCUGGCCUCGCCCGUGCUGAGCCUUUGGCAGGUCUACUUAAACCACAGUCAUCCUCGUCACCUUACGCCCCUAAAGGUACUGAUAUCGAAGCGGUGAAGUCGUAUAUCCGCGAAAAAGGAGCCGCUGCGCACCAUUACACGGGGUCAUGCGCGAUGAUGCCGCGAGCUAUGGGUGGCGUGGUGGAUCAUGAGUUAAAGGUAUAUGGAUGUAGGAAUUUGAGAGUGUGUGAUGCGAGUGCGAUUCCAAUUGUCACGCGCUCUAAUCCGCAGGCUUCGGUGUAUGGGCUUGCGGAACAUGCUGUGGGGAUUAUCCGGAGGGGGUUGAAGGCUGGGGUUAGUGGCUCAUAGGUACGUACAUCUCGGAAUGAGAUAGAACGUCAUAUAUCUUUGGGAGCCUUAAAAAGAAAAUUUAUUGACUUCAAUAUUUGGUA